GAAAAUUUUGUGGAAAUAAAGUUAGCCAAUGGACAUAAUAGACAUGUCAAGUUUACCAUUUUUGUUGAAAACUAUAUCAAGGAGUAUAAAAUUCAGCAAUCUAUCCCAGAUUUCAUAAGACAUGUUCUGGAAGCUUGGAAAUCAACAAACAUAUUUAAGACUAAGGAAAUUGACCGGAAAAUGGUGAGUGAAAUUUGUUACGGGGCAUCUUCGUCAGGGGCAACGAGAGAAAAAUGAAGGCAGAAACACUAACACUGGUGCUGGUGAACUUAGCGGGAAUAAUGGAAAGGGCGGAUGAAUCAUUGUUACCUGGUGUUUAUAAGGAAGUUGGUGAAGCACUCCAUGCUGAUCCAACGAGGUUGGGCUCGCUCACGCUUUUCCGAUCCAUGGUUCAGUCCCUGUGUUAUCCUCUUGCUGCUUACUUAGCUGCUCGCCAUAACCGGGCCCAUGUCAUCGCCUAUGGUGCUUUUCUUUGGGCUGCCGCCACUUUCCUCGUCGCUUUCUCCUCUACCUUCUCUCAGGUGGCAGUAUCGAGAGCUUUAAAUGGGAUAGGCCUAGCCAUAGUUGCACCUGCUAUUCAAUCUCUUGUAGCUGACUCGACUGAUGAUGACAAACGUGGGAUGGCAUUUGGAUGGCUACAGCUUACUAGCAAUAUUGGUUCGAUAAUUGGUGGAUUGUUCUCCUUAAUGAUAGCGCGUGUUACUUUUUUGGGAAUUCCUGGUUGGAGGCUCGCAUUUCAUCUUGUUGGGAUCGUCAGCGUUAUCAUUGGUAUUUUGGUUCGCUUAUUUGCUAAUGAUCCUCACUUUCCAGAUGGCCGUCUAAAGGCUACUAAUGAAGGUCAUGGUAAAUCCUUCAUAUCGGAAGUGCAAGGUCUCGUUCAAGAAGCAAAAUCGGUCAUAAAGAUUCAAUCUUUCCAGAUUAUUGUUGCUCAAGGUGUUACUGGUUCUUUUCCCUGGUCAGCUUUGUCCUUUGCUCCAAUGUGGUUAGAGCUUACUGGACUUUCCCAUGAGAAGACUGCUGUACUUAUUGGCUUGUUUGUGAUUGGAAGUUCCAUAGGAGGACUCUUUGGAGGAAGGAUGGGAGACAUGUUAUCCCGGCGUCUACCAAAUUGUGGCAGGAUAAUCCUGGCACAAAUAAGUUCAGCUUCAGCGAUUCCCCUAUCGGCGAUCCUUCUGCUGGCUUUGCCUGAUGAUCCUUCCUCAGUAUUCGCGCAUGGUCUGGUCCUGUUUAUUACAGGGUUCUUCAUAUCUUGGAAUGCUCCAGCUACAAACAAUCCAAUUUUUGCAGAGAUAGUGCCUGAUAAAUCAAGAACAAGUAUCUAUGCUCUGGACCGAUCAUUUGAAUCUGUACUAUCGUCUUUUGCUCCACCUGUUGUUGGACUACUGGCUCAGAAUGUUUACGGUUAUAAACCAGUUCCUGAAGGUGUUGAAAAUAUUGCUACAGACAGAGGAAACGCCAAAGCUUUGGCACAAGCGUUGUUCACUUCCAUAGGAACUCCAGUGGCACUAUGCUGUGUGAUUUACUCUUUUCUCUAUUGCACGUAUCCAAGGGAUAAGGAGCGGGCUCAAAUGGAAGCACUGAUAGAAUCAGAGAUGCAAAUCAUGGGCUUGGAUACGUCUCCUGCAACUCGACAAUAUUCACAAGUCGAGUCAUCUGAAACCCAAGAGCAUCUUGAAGACAGAAUCAUUGUUGAAAUGGAUUAUGGGGAAGAUGGACUUGAUUUUGAUGAUGAUGAUGAUGAGAAGACAUUAGUCCACCACUACCCGACAUUUCCUCAACUGGAUCGAUAGCAGUCAUUAUAUCAAGAAAGACUUAUUUUUACAUGGAUGAUCACAUGGCCACACAUCCGAUACGAAUUUAUAUCAGUUGAACAAUAGUUUAUGGAGGUUUUCGGCCAUCAACAGUUAUAGAACAACUUAGAUUUCCCUUUCAUUCUUUCUAGCUUCAUAAUCUAUGCCUUUUGGCUACAUGUAACAUAUUUUAGAUUAUCUUCCUACUUGGUGAUAAUGUUCUUUUUCUUUUAUCGUAUCAGUAUAGGUUCUUGAGAAUGGACAUCUCGAGGUUAGUUUGAUAUAGAUCACCUCUCUCGGAAAACAUACUGUAUAGGGAGUUGUAUUAUCUCCUCUUGUACCUCUGUACAUCUCCAAAUCUGGAAUGCUGCGCAUUCUUUCA